UCGCGUCACUACACUGUGGUGUUUCGCUGGAGUUCAGUGCUCGUGUGUGGAUGCGGGACUCUGAGCGACAUGGAGGCUUUUACCAUCAAGAGUCGCAUUAAGAAUCUCCUGCGCUCGCCGUCCAUCAAACUCAGAAAGACCCGCAGCGGCCGCAUCAAAGACAGUUUGUCCAACAAGGUGACUCUAGAGAAAGUUUUGGGUAUCACAACUGCAGGAAACAGCGGUUUAACAUGUGAUCCGUGUUCAGGAACUGUGGCCUAUCCGGCCGGGUGUGUCGUUGUGUUACUGAACCCGGCCACGAACACCCAACAGCAUCUCAUCAACUCGUCCAGGAAGGCCAUCAGCACGUUGUCGUUCUCGUCAGACGGCCGGUAUCUCGUCACUGGAGAGAGCGGUCAUCUGGCGGCGGUGCGCGUGUGGGACGUGAGCGAUGGCUCGCUGGUCUCUGAGCUGCAGGAGCACAAGUACGGCGUGUCCUGCGUGGCGUUUUCCCCCAACGGCAAAUACAUCGUGAGCGUGGGAUCGCAGCACGACAUGAGCGUCAACCUGUGGGCCUGGAAGAAGAACGCUCUGAUAGCGGCCAAUAAGGUGUCCAGUAAGGUGACGGCCGUGUCUUUCUCAGAGGACGGCGCUCAUUUCGUCACGGCGGGAAACAGACACGUCCGCUUCUGGUAUCUGGAACCGUCCCACGCCAAUCAGCACGCGUGUCCCGUGCCGCUGAUGGGCCGCUCGGGGCUCCUCGGGGAGCUGCAGAAUAACUUCUUCUGUGACGUGGCGUGUGGACGAGGACUGAAGUCCGACAGCACCUUCUGCAUCACGUCGUCGGGUCUGCUGUGUGAGUUCAACGGCCGGAGGAUUCUGGACCGCUGGGUUCGUCUGCAGACGAGUUCGGCGCGCUCUCUGGCGGUGACGGAGGAUCUGAUCUUCUGCGCGUGUGCGAACGGGACAGUACGCGUGUUCAGAUCGUCAGACCUGCGCUUCAUCUGCACUCUGCCCCGUCCACAUCAUCUGGGCAUCGACGUUUCCACCGUCACACAAGCCAGUCAUCUGUUCACCAGAACGCCGGACGGCCGUUACCCAGACUCAGUGGCGGUGACCUUUGACCCCGUGAACCGCUGGCUGUCCUGUGUGUAUAAUGACCACAGUUUAUACGUGUGGGACACGCGAGACCUGCGGAAAGUGGGCAAAGUUCACUCGGCACUUUAUCACUCAGCCUGCGUUUGGGAUCUACAGAUGUUUCCCAGUGACAGCGACGGCUCACAGACGGCGUUCGGCUCCUCUGAUUCGUUCCUCACGUGUUCGUCUGACAGCACCGUGCGUAUCUGGAGUUCAGACGGCGUUCGCUGCGGUAACGUGUUGAGCAACGAUCUUCAUCACAUCUUCUACAUGGACGACAGCACCGCCGCCCUGCUGGACGUGGAGGGAACCGCCAUCGGUGGCUCAGAGAAAGUGGAGGGAUCGAGCGCCGACAGCAGGAGCGGCAUCAGAACCAUCUGCAUCAGUCCGGACGGGAGACACCUGGCGUCCGGAGAUAGGAACGGCACACUCAGGAUUCAUGAUCUGACGUGUAUGAAGGAGCUGGUGAAGGCUGAAGUCCAUGACUCUGAGAUCGUGUGUCUGGAAUACUCCAAACCUCCUUCAGGCGUGAAUCUGCUGGCCACCGCGAGUCGAGAUCGACUGAUCCACGUGUUGGACGCUGAGGAAGACUACGCUCUGCUGCAGACGCUGGACGAGCACUCGUCCUCCAUCACGUCCGUCCGCUUCGCUGCAGCCGGUGAUGGGAAGCUGCGGAUCAUCAGCUGUGGAGCGGAUAAGAGCGUUUACGUCCGCACCGCGCACAGGACGGUCAGAGGAACUGAAUUCAAGCGCACUCAUCAUGUGGUUCGUAAAGCGACUCCUAAUGACAUGGACGUGGAUCCCACAUGCAAAUACGCGGCCGUGGGCUGUCAGGACCGCAGCAUCCGAGUGAUCAACAUCAGCAGCGGCAAACACAAGAGAUCCUUCAGCGGCUCUCAGACUGAAGACGGCAGUUUGCUGAAGGUUCAGAUUGAUCCGUCGGGUCUGUUUGUGGCCUCCAGCUGCUCUGAUAAGAACAUCAGUCUGAUUGACUUCCAGACCGGAGAGAGUCUGGCCUCCGUGUUCGGACACUCAGAGAUCAUCACGGCUCUGAGGUUCAGCAGUGACUGCAGGCGUCUGCUCUCGUCUUCAGCUGACAGCUGUAUCUUUGUGUGGCGUCUUGCUCCUGAACUCACCAUCAACAUGAGAGAGAGACUGUCUGCAAUCAGACGCCGUCACAGCACAUCGAGCAGCAGGAACAAUCCAUUCAGAAAAUCCUCUGUGACUGGAUUCACGCUACACAGAUCCACGUCCAUCAUGACUUGCUCAUCUGAGAGCGACCGAGAGGAAGAGGAAGAUGAUGAAGACAUGAAGACACCUGAACAGACAGAGGGACAGCAGGACUUUAGCCAGAGGACAGAGGACAGCGUUGAUGAGCAGACAGGUGCAUCUGAUGAAGCGCACUGGAAUCCAGUGAAGGAUCCGUCUGCGGACUCGAGCGCGUCUGCGGUGGCGUCCCGUCCGCGCAGGCGCUGGUCCUGUCGUGUGGGGUCGCUGGAGCUCAUGGUGAAGUCCAUGCUGGAGCUGCGGCAGCUCGAUUCUCUUUCUGAAGCUCCGGUCCGGAACAGAAGCUGCGCCGAUCGGCUGCGGGACGAGGAUCGAUGCAGCACCUCCAGCCUGCAGGAUUGGAGUCUCCGGCGUCCUCGUGACUCGGCCUGGCUGGUUCCCGCCGGCGCUCCCGAACCCGAGGGUGUGGUUCUGUACCCGGAUCAGUGUCCCAGCACCAACAGCCUGUCCGGACCGUCCUACCAAAUACAGGCUCCGUCUGAGACCAUCGAACACGAGGAGAGAGCAGAGGAAUCCCAGAGUCCCGUCAGCGGAGCCUCGAUGGGUUACGGCAGCGGAGGAUCCAGUCCAGACCACAGACGCCACGAUGUGGAGCCGCUGAGCUCUGACGAUGAAUCUUGUGACGGAAACUCACGGCCGAUCUGUGAUUCUGAGGGUGCUCCGCAUGAAGACGUCUGGAAGAGAAGCUCUGAGACGCUGACGGACGGCAGUGAUGCAGGGUCUCAAAUGAGAGCAGAAGGAAGCGUUUCUGCAUGUUUGCACAGCCAGAAGUGCUCUAGCAGGACGGACUCUGUGUUUCCUCAUCAGUCCGUCAGAUCCAGCGCGGUGAAGCCGACGGUCGGUGGCGUCGGGCCCCUGAUGGAGGACGCAGGAGAGCCCGAACUUCACGCGCAGCGUCGCGUCCCACAGAGGAGCCACCCGUACCUGAUUCGUGCCUCCUGUCCCGUCAGCGGAACUGCAGCUGGACUCCAGAAAUCUGCUUCAGCACACAGUCUGAGCACCGACCGAAGGUCCCUGACUCCAUCCCAUCUGCGGCGAGAGAGGCGUCCCUUCCUGCCUAAGCUCAGUCUGGAGAUGGAUGCUCGUCACCCGUCCGUCACGGCGCCGUCCUCCCCUCAGCCGUGGGACAGUCCGACCCAGAGCCGCGUCCUCCGCUCCUCGCACUCCUACAUGAGCCCCACCGCCAGCUCCAUGGCCAAAAUCUGCCGCUCGGCGUCCAUCGGUGACGGUCUGCAUCUGGGCGGCGGCUCCUGCGAGAGUCUGUCGAUCCCCGCUCCCUCCAGCCCGUCCUGCGAGAAGAGCGCCUCCUUCCUCACAAACGCUCAUAAAGCGCUGCCCUCCAAAGCCAUCAGACCUCGUGUGUGCCAGCGCCUGAGCGGAUCGUUCGCCGAGUGCCCGAGCAGAUCGGCUUCAUCUCAGAACCUUCACGCUGACCCGAGCACAUCUUCGUCCUCCAGCACAGAUCUGCAGCAGACGGCGUCCCACGCGGAGCGUCCUCGAGCGGCGGUGAAGGCUUUCUCUGUGGCGUCUGAUGCUCGUGAUGAUCAAGACGCGUCGGUCAGUCUGGAGGUCUGCAGACGGGCAGCAGCUGAUCUGUGCAGCAGCGUGAGGACGGCGACGCGACUCUACAGGACGCUGAUCUCCCAUGAUGCCGAGCGCAGUGCGGAGCAGCAGCAGAUGUGUCAGCUGAUGUCAGACGCGCUGCUGCACGUGCGAUCGGAGCUGGACUCCGUGUCCGGAUCAUCUGGAGCCGUGAGGAUGGAGGAGGGAAAGGAGACGCUCGCAUUACUGGAGCAAUACUCACAACUCCUGCUGCGGUCGGUGGAGAGGAGACUCCAUCAGGACACGUAGAGCUACACAACCACAAGUGUGUGUGUGUGUGUGUGUGUGUGUUAUGAUUUUGCAUUUUAGCCGUUUGGUUAUGCAUAUAUUUGCAUACCUCAUUUGAAUAUUUAAAGUGACGUCUUAAGACGCCUGUCUUUUACUCUUGUGGAUGUUAUUUUAUUUCUUUUGUGUUAUUUGUGUUUUAAUUGUUUUUAAUGUAAUUAAAUAAUUUUAUUGAUGUUUUAAUGCCAAAUAAGCUAAUAAUGUGUCUGCAGUGUUAUAUGAAAUUUUACGCUGAUUCUUUGACUAUGAACUUUAAUGGUUUUAUUUAUUAGUGGUCAGUGAUUGUCUGACCUGAUUUCUUGCACAAUAAAUUGAAAUAUG